UCCGCAUAAAGGAUUUACUGGGGGUUUCACCUACGGCGCGCGCUCUAAGAAGCUUCCCUGUGUGUUGGUUGCUAUUAGUGAAGUGGCCCCCCGCGUGCGGCGGGACGUGGAAUAAAACACGGAUAUUUAAUCUCCAGAAGACGCGCUGAGAGGGUCUCUGUUUAUAGAAAGGCGCCACGGGGCGACGCCGUUCACAGCGUCUGACGACGGACGAGGAUGAGGUCCUUGCCUGCCUAGCGGAGCGUCCCUGCUAAAGAUGGCCGCAGAGAGGUUUUUCUGUCGUUACUUCCUUUCCCGUGACUCUGAAGGCUCCCAGUAGGCAUCUUCUCUGUGUGACAUGACUAACCCCACGUGAUCUGGUGACCAUGAUGGCCUCUGUGGUUGCCAAUGGAAACAAUGAUGGGCAGUCUCUGGUGUUGAAAGGGGUGGACCCAGAGACAUGCAUGAUUGUAUUCAAGAACCACUGGGCUCAGGUUGUGAAGAUCCUGGAGAAGCAUGACCCUCUGCGCAGCAGCUCCACGCUGGGGGUAAUCGGCCUCGGCAGCGGGGCGGCGGGGGCCCCCCGCUGCGGCCCCAUCCCAGUGGACGAGGCGAGCGCCGUGCAGAACUACGUGGAGCACAUGCUUUUCCUGCUGAUGGAGGAGGAGAGCGGCCAAGGGGGCGCGAUGGGGCCCAUCCUGGAGUUUGUGGUGAUGGAGAACGUGAUGGAGCGCCUGUUCGUGUGGAGCCUCCGCAGGGAGUUCACUGACGACAUGAAGCUGGAGCAGCUGAAGAUGUACGAGAUGCUGGUGGGCCAGGCGCACCAGCCGCUGCUGCAUCACAAGCCCGUCCUGCGGCCCCUCAUGAUGCUGUUGUCGUCCUGCUCGGGCGCGGCGGCGCCAGCAGUGGAGGCGGAGCUGGUGCUCCUGCUCCACCAGCUCUGCUGCGUUCUGGCGAAGGACCCAUUCAUUCUGGAGCUGUUUUUCCACACCAGCGAGGACCAGGGGGCCACCAACUUCCUCAUCUUCUCCCUCCUCAUCCCCUUCAUCCACAGGGAGGGCCCCGUAGGCCAGCAGGCCAGAGACGCCCUGCUGCUCAUCAUGUCGCUGUCUGCCGAGGAUGAGAGGGUGGCCAAGCACGUCGCACAGAACACCUUCUUCUGCCCGGUGCUGGCCACUGGACUGAGUGGGCUGUACUCAUCCCUUCCCACCAAGCUGGAGGUUUCCAGCGAGGAGUGGCACUGCCUUCACAAGGAGGAGUGGCUCCGGAUGCCUUCCCUGGUCCAGUUUCUCAACUCACUGGAAUUCUGCAACGCUGUGAUUCAGGUCGCCCAUCACACCAUCAGAGACCAACUGCUGGCUUACAUCUAUAAUGGUUUCCUUGUACCUGUCGUCGCACCAGCACUGCACAAGCUCACUCUAGAGGAGGUGAUGACCACCACGGCGUACCUUGACCUCUUCCUGAGGAGUGUGACUGAGCCAGCCCUGCUGCAAACCUUCCUCUCCUUCCUCCUCCUCCACCAGCAUGAGGGCGUCUACAUUCUGGACACACUGGUUAGCCGCAUCAACACACCCUUCCAGUUGGGAACGGUGUCCCUGGCGCUCUUUCGGACUCUGAUCGGCCUCUACUGCGAGGAUGUGAUGCUGCAGCUCGUCCUCAAGUACUUGAUCCCCUGCAACCACAUGAUGCUGAGUCAGAGACGAGUGGUGAGGGAGAGGGACUUCUACUCAGGAUCUGCGGCCAAGAUCCUGGCGCUAACACCAUCCUGCUGCUCUCCGGACCGCAGCCCCCCACCCCUCCGCCAGCUGGACUCCAUCCUCUUCUCCAAGGGGGCAGAAACUCCAAACAACUCCAGCAACACAGACCAGCAGGGCAGCUGCUCAGACGAGGACGACGGCUCUGGGAACCGCUGCACCAUCGGCUCAGAGAUCUACCUGGACGUCAGCUACCUGCAUUACCUCUGCGACGCCCGUCUCAGCAUCAGCGGCUGCAUCCGGGCCUGCCAGGUGUGGUCGGCGCCGUACGACGGCGAGAUCCCUCCUCCGGAGCGGUACCAGGCAGGCGUCCUGGAGGAGCCGGCGCCGGAUGGCCGGCAGCCUCAGAGGAGAGUCCCUCCCCCACCGGCGCCACCGCCGCUGCUGCUGCUGCCGCCGCCGCCUCGCCCCCGACCCACCAAAGAGCUGGCCUCCUUCGCCCAGCUGGAGCUGGAGUGGGACGACAGCUUUGAUGCGUGUCCAGUACAGGAAGCUGAGGCCUCCGCGAACCCCAAGCCUUCCUCUGAGCCGCUCCCCAAGCACAUCCAGGAGAUGAGGCGGUCGGCCAUCAUGCUGGUGAAAGGCUCGUACUCCGAGGAGAGUGACUUCCAGGACGACGUCAUGGUGUACGACCUGGUCGCCAAGAAAGACGCCUCAGAGAUGGAGCGGGCGCCACCGGUGGACGAGGCCCCGUUGGCCUCACCGAAGAACGGGCUCAGUAGAACCCUGACUGCCGAUAACGCAAAGAACAGCUUAAAGGCCAAGGUCAAAGGUGACACUGACUGCAACGGGAACCUGCAGAAGGCGACUAACACCAGUGAGGAUCUCCUAGCUCAGUAUGAGGAGCUGAUCCGCUCUCUGGUCAGCGAGGCAGGUGGGAAACCGGUGAGGGCUGAUGGAGAGGUGAGGAAGACUGCAGCAACAGAGGAAGAGGAGGUGGAGGAGGAAGAAAUGGACUUCACUUCCUUUACAGCUGAAACGCCAGAGUCAGAGAAGCCACAAUCUCCGGUGGGGGCCAUCCAGAGAUUCAGGAGUGGAAGCUGCAGAGGAAACUUGGCUUUACCUUUCACAGGUCCCUUCAUCAGCGUGCUGCUGUCCCGCCUGGAGAACAUGCUGUCCAACAGCCUUCAUGUCAACCUGCUGCUGACGGAGAUCCUGGCCCAGCUGGCUGCUUACCCCCAGCCGCUGCUCCGCUCCUUCCUGCUCAACACCAACCUGGUGUUCCAGCCCACCGUCCGCUCGCUCUACCAGGUAUUGGCUACUGUGAAGAACCAGAUAGAAGAGCUGGCCGCCUGCAGGAAGGACUUCUCAGAGCUGAUCACUGUGGCCCAGCACUGGCUGCUGGCCAGGGAGGCCUCCUUCAUCACCGCAGAUAAAACCAGCAGUGGCAGGUCCAGCCAGCACGAAGGAGGAAGGAUCCUGAGGAACUCCCCGCCUCCCAAACCCAAAGCCAUCUCUCUGGAUCAGACGGAGGUCUUCGCUACGGUCCUCUUCUCCGAGUUCCUCAAAGAACUGGCAGCCAUCGCUCAGGAGCACUCCAUCCUGUCCCACGUUCCCAUGGAGGAAUAGGGAGCCACAUCAGUGCCUUUUCAGGUACUGUUUAAUUAAUCAAAGGGUUCCCCCCCCUUUUUUUACAGAAAGAUUUUGAAGAUAUUUAUUUUUUCAAACAAAUCAACUUUGAUUGACUUCCAUCCUCCUGCCUCCUGCGAAGCCUGGAGACAAACUGCAGCUCCUCCCUCCCACCAAAGACUUUUAUAUUUUCCCAAACGUUUUCUGAACCGUCUGAAUGUUUCCUGCAACCAGCCGCAGCGGCGACACGCUGCUCUCUGUGCUUUCUUUUCUGUCUCAGACGUUGUCUUUAAGCAUCAGGAUGCACUGCAAAAACACAAAAUCUCACCAAGUAAUUUCUGGUACAAAUAUCUCAGUGCACCUGAAGUAAGACAAAACUAAUUUACAAGUAUCUUUUCAUCAAGAAACAAGGAGCUUGAUUGAAUCAGUAUAUAUAUUUACUGGCAGAUUAUUUCAAUUAUAGCAAUACAUGCUUUUCAUGUUAUAAGUGAAAUCAUUUCCAA